AUGGCUGAUAGGUGGACCCAUGAGAGUGGCUACAUUGUGUGUAUCGGUUUCCUUCCCACGUCUGUGUGCGGUGAUGCGCGUAGUUCAGCGGAGGCGUUGCGCAGAUUCAGCUCCGGUGAUCUGCAAUCGGAGUGCGAUGAAGGAGAAGUCGACCCUUACACCGGCCGCCCGGCGACGACCAGUCAGCCCAAACCACAGCAGCGCCCAACCUCUCAGGCGACCGGUGGUAGUCUCGGGAGUGGUGCAGCACCACCACCGUCAGCUAAUCCCCCACCAAGUGCAACUCCAUCUACCGCUGGUUCCGGUGGCGAUUUGUCGUUGAACCUUCGAGGAGGAUCUCGAGGCACCUCAGCGCCAUCUUCACCAGCGAAAUCAAGAGAGUCACUUCUCCAACGAGUUCAGUCUCUAACCGGUGCUGCCAGGGAUCAAGGCGCAAAUUUAUUGGAGAUUACAGAACUCGACAAAAAUUUAAAAGAAUUAUCUCGACUCAAGUUUAACUCUAAUGAUGGUAAUUUCGAAGAACAAGGAUCGGAACAAAUGCAUUUGCAAGGAUUUGUCGACAGUCUCAUCUUCAUCAUUAGGGAGCUUAGUAGAGAUGAGAUUUCUGGCGGAGUAAACAAAUACAAAGAGCCUUCCUAUGUCCCUUUGAUUACCAUAGAGAUUUGCAAUCUGUCCCUUGUUGGAAGUGUUACAUCAGUGGCGUCAGUGGGCCGUGGUUACAACAGAGAUCGGUGCGUUACCUUACUCGUCGUGGAUGACCAGAAUACGGACUGGUCGAAGUACUUCCGCAACCGGCGUCUACCAGGCGAAUGGGAUAUACGCGUUGAACAGGCCGAAUUUAGGGAGUUGACUGUGACAGCGAACUCGGAUGGCGCCAAUGUGUCAAUGGCGGUGUAUCGCAGCGGGACAAAAGUUACACGAUGUUUCAAGCCAGACUUCGUUCUUGUUAGACAAAAUGUGCGUGAUGCAGGAGCCGACCACCGAGCCCUGCUUUUGGGGCUGAAGUUUGGAGGAGUACCGUCUAUUAACAGCCUAAACUCAAUCUACCACUUCCAGGAUCGCCCGUGGGUGUUCGGGCAUCUGCUUCAAUUACAGCGACGUUUGGGACGAGAAAACUUCCCUCUUAUAGAACAAACUUACUACCACAACCACACUGAUAUGGUGAGUUAUAGUUUAGACUCAUGA